AUGAAUUCAUUUUCAAAUUUCCAAAAUUUCUUCCAUUCAUCAUCGACCAUUGUAGUAAUACUACUCAUCACAUCACAUAUCGUUCUCUCCAAUAGUAUCACUUCAAAAUCGAUCGAUCUUGCCACUCUUCCUCUCGCUCCUUCCACUCCUUCUUCUAUUCCUGCGAAAAGUGGUUUUAUUACAACUCCCAAUGAUGCUCAAUUGUUUUAUUUAUUUAUUCCUAAAUUAGGAUCGUCACAGACAUCGAUCGACCCGAAUAUUCCAAUACUUGUUUGGUUGAAUGGUGGACCAGGUUGUAGUAGUUUAAUUGGAAUGUUUAUGGAAAUUGGACCACUUCGAUUCAAACCUUCGAAGGGUCCUUCCACCACUCAGCCGUCACUUGUCGACAAUUCCAUGUAUUCAUAUACUCAAUAUUAUCACGUCUUGUUGAUUGACAAUCCAAGUGGCGCUGGAUACAGUUUUCCUGCUUCAAAAUCUCCUGAUACUGCCAUGAAUGUUGGUUCUCAAUUUUUACUCUUUGCCAUGCAACAAUUUUACAAUCAAUAUCCACAAUAUGUGAAAAAUCCAUUGUAUUUAUUUGGUGAAUCGUAUGGAGGAAAGUAUGUCAUUGCAAUGGCCAAUGCGAUUACACAAUAUAAUGAAAAGAAACUAGCCAAUCAAGUUACGAUUCCACUUCAAGGAAUUGCCAUGGGAAAUGCUUGGAUUGCACCAGAUAUUCAGGAAAGAACGUAUGGAGAAUUGGCCUAUAUUGUGGGAUUGAGUGAUUAUACAGGAUUGAUUCGAGUCAAUUCCAAGCAACAUCAAUGUCACGAAUUCGUCGAACAACAAAUGUACAAAAAAACUGGAACUGGCAGUGGUGUCUGUCAAUCAGCUCUCAAUGAAAUGUUAAGAAAUGCCGGCGGUGUCAAUGUUUAUGAUUAUCGACUUUUUGGAACUUACAGUGCAUUGGGACAAUUAGAAACUUAUUUAAAACGAGACGAUGUGAAACAAGUACUCCUUGGCGUUUCAUCCAUCGAUCUCGCCAAGACAUACCAUUACGAACAAUGUAGUAUUGACAUUUGGGACAAAUUUAGAGUGGAUUUUCAACAAUCGUAUUUGUCACAACUCGUUCCACUUCUCUCCAAAUACAAAGUUUUAAUUUAUAAUGGACAAUUUGAUUUGAGAUGUCCAGUGUAUGGUACCAAUGAAUAUUUGAGAUAUAUGGAUUGGUAUGGAAGAUUUAAUUUCAACUAUGAACCACAUUAUCCAAUUUAUAUGACCAAUUCUAAUGUGAAUGACCCACAAAAGGCAAUUGGAAUUUUUAGAAAAUAUGACAAUUUGACACAAGUGGUCCUGUAUAAUUCUGGACAUAUUUCUCCGCAUGAUAUUCCACAAGCUUCUUUGGAGAUGGUGAGACGAUUUUUAGAUAACAAAUCAUUUUGUUCAUAUAGCAUUGCGUAUAAUGCAACGGGAGGAGGAAUGUGUACAGGUACAUCCAUUACUACUCCACAGAAUAGUAUGACAAGUGACACAUUAUUGACACAAUGUCCAAAUUUAUGUAGUGGACAUGGCCAAUGCAACGUUGCUACUGUACCUGCCACUUGUCAAUGCUCUCCAGGUUUUUAUGAACAAGACUGCUCGACAGCCAAGCAUGAUAUCACAUUUGGCAUGGAGGCUACCUAUCGAAAAAAUAUUAUUUUUGGAAAUACCAUUCAUUUGUAUCAUUUAACAAUGCCAUACAAUGAUUUAUCGAAUGGACUCUUUGAUAUUCAUGUGAAACUCACCAAAACUUCAAAACUCGGAAAAUUACACAUCUAUGCCUACACCAGCAAUGAAACGUUUGUUGAAAAUUCUCAAAUUGAUGAAUCCAAUAUUGAGGACAUGAGACGAAGAUUCCCAUUUCAUGAUUUGGAAGAUGUGAAUGAAAAAUCUCUCAACAUGAAUGAAUUGUUCAGAAAUAGAACUCGAUACAUCACCAUUCUGCUGAUUAAUACGGUCGACACAGAAUCCAUGUAUGAUUUGGUGAUUGAGUCUGACGUGAGUGGAAAGAAAUUGAAUCCCUAUCUUGUCACAAGUAUUGCAAUCUUUUCCUUCCUGUGCAUUACCAUCAUUGUGCUCUUCUUGAUUUAUGUGGUUCAAUACUUUAAUGACCAACGAAUUUUGAGAAGCAUGAAAUAUGAAAUGGCUCAGUAA